AUGAAUGUAUUGGGGGUGUGCAACCCAAACCUCGAGUUCAUAUACUGUCUAGCUGGUUGGGAGGGUUCAACACUUGAUGGAAAAGUUCUUAGAGAUGCAUUGGCUAGGCCAAAUGGUCUACAUGGUGAGAAAGGAAAGUACUACUUGGUGGAUGUCGGGUAUAACAAUUGUGAAGGAUUUUUAGCCCCUUACCGAGGACAAAGGACGGCAAGAAAAAGAAAGCAAGUCAUCAACGAAGGCGAAGUAGCUGAGCCAACUGCUAGUUACUUCUCGUGGGACGAGAAGCUCAAUGCUCUGCUCAUACAAUGCAUGGUGGAGUCAGCUCAGAGGCAUCAGGUGGAGAACGGAUCUUUCAAGAAUGGGACUUUUUCUGACCUUCAGUACAUGAUGGAGAAGAGGGCUCUUGGUUGCGGUGUCAGAGUUGAACCACACAUUCGUAGUAGGCACAAGUUUCUCAAGAAGGACUUCCAUGUUGUGCACUUGCUGCGUAAUCAAAGCGGAUGUGGUUGGGAUGAAGUAACAAAGACACCUCCACUGGAUGAUGAUGUCUUUGAGAAUAUUGUGAAGGUUUUCCCAAACUGCAAAAAAUUUAACAGGAAGCCUUUCCCAUUUUAUGAUGAACUAUUGAAAGUGUUUGGGAAAGUUGGUCCUGCAAAUGGAAGGAAAACAGUGGGUUUAACUGAUGAUGUGAGCUCCCCCACCAUAGAUGGUCUGACAUUCAUUGAUUUGGAUGUAACUCAUACACCACACGUUGUAGAGGGACAUAGUGCUGAGAGGUUUAUGGAAGAUUUGAUCAACGAAGGGGUUGAGAUGUCCCAGAGGGCAGCUGCUACUACUUCGACGCAUAAAGCAGUUCCUCUAGAAACAGGGGCAUGUGACGACAUUAGGAAGAGGGCAAAGAAAACAGAAAAUUAG